AUGGUUGCUUGCCCUAUCUGUGAAAAACAGGUGAAGGCCAAAGACAUUAACAGUCACAUUGAUUCAGGAUGUGAAGACUUUAUCGAUAUUGUUUCUCCCCCACUCACUCAACAAAAUUGUAUCAUUUCACAGAAACCAGCUUCCACACAAAAGCCUUCCGUCUCAAACUUCUUCUCAACUCCCGCGGCUAAGAAGGCAGCAUCGUAUCCCACGUCCAAGAUAGAUCCCAGUCCCACACCUAGUUUCCCGCAAAAAGUACAGGUUAAUGGAAACGCAGCUGGAAACCAGACAGCUCGGCGGCAAGUCGAUGGAAGUGUGAGUGAAUCCCUCACGGUUCAACGGAAGAGAUCAUUCGACGAUGUUGAAGCAGGAACAGAGGUGAAAAAGGAAAAUGAAACUGUAGAUCCGCCAGCAAAGAAGACCAAGACCAAUGCCUUUCAGAAAGCCGCUCCAUUGGCAGAACGAAUGCGCCCAAGAAGUUUGGAUGAAGUAUAUGGGCAGGAGCUAGUUGGACCUCAAGGAGUUCUGCGAAGUCUUAUCGAACAAAAUCGUGUGCCGUCAAUGAUACUGUGGGGAGGAGCUGGCACAGGGAAGACUACAAUUGCACGGUGUGUGGCUGCGAUGGUGGGGAGUCGGUUUGUCGAAAUCAAUAGCACGUCCUCUGGGGUAGGAGAAGUUAAGAAGUUAUUUGCCGAGGCGAGAGGAGAAUUGGGCCUUACUGGGAGGAAGACGAUAAUAUUCUGCGAUGAGAUACAUCGAUUUUCGAAGAGCCAACAGGAUGUGUUUCUUGGACCUGUUGAAAGUGGGCAAAUUACAUUGAUAGGAGCUACGACUGAGAAUCCAUCUUUUAAAGUCCAGAAUGCUUUACUAUCUAGAUGUCGGACAUUCACGCUGUCGAAAUUGACAAAUGCUGAUGUACUGGAGAUAUUAGAGAGAGCUUUGAAGACCGAAGGGCCCAAUUACACUCCUACAGAUCUUGUGGAUACAGAGCUCCUGAAGUAUCUGGCUGCAUUCUCUGACGGUGAUGCUCGGACAGCUCUCAAUCUCCUUGAGCUAGCCUUGGGUCUAUCUACAAGACCCAAUGUCACCAAGGAAGACAUCAAAACCUCUCUUACUAAAACGCUAGUAUAUGACAGAGCCGGAGACCAACACUACGAUACCAUAUCCGCCUUCCACAAGUCAGUAAGAGGCAGUGAUCCAGACGCUGCUCUAUAUUACCUUGCACGAAUGCUCCAAUCCGGAGAAGAUCCUCUGUACAUAGCUCGACGAAUGGUAGUAAUAGCAUCUGAAGAUGUAGGACUAGCCGAUAACACAAUGCUAACCCUCGCAACCAGCACCUACACCGCAUGUGAGAAAAUCGGCAUGCCAGAAUGUCGAAUUGCAAUGGCUCAUGCCACUGCAGCUCUCUGUCUAGCACCCAAGAGUACUAGGGCAUAUAGGGGAUUGAAUAAUGCAUUUUCCGCGCUCAAGGAACCGGGGGUGGCUAGCCUAGGUAUUCCGAUUCAUUUGAGAAAUGCGCCGACGAAGUUGAUGAAGGAGUUGGGGUAUGGGGACGAGUAUAAGUACAAUCCUAAUUAUAAAGAGGGAAGAGUGGUUCAGGAAUAUUUACCAGACGAAUUGAGAGGUAGGAAGUUUUUGGAGAGGAGGGAUUUGGGAACGGAAAUUGAUCCGGGGGCUUGGCCUUGA